AUGACGACCUCUAGCACCCGCAAUGGGAGUGUCGCCAGCCACAGUCACUACAGCCAAGGCACGGAGCACCGAGGUCUUGACGCAGCGCAAAAGAAGGGCGAGAAGAAUGUCUGCAUCUCCCGUUCCGUCUUUAUAUUGGGUCUGCUUGUCUUGGGAGCUGGAAUCAGUGUGGCUGCCUACUUUAUCCUACGACAAGCCGAACAGAGCCAGGCGCAAGUGCGACUCGAAGCCAUCUCGGACCGCGCGUUGACGACUUCCCGCGAAAUCGUUCAGCGCAAACGACUCGGGGCCAUCAGUAUGGCCGACACCGUGGCGUGGAUACAAUCCAAUGCCACCGACUGGCCGUUUGUCACCGUAGAUGGAUACGAACCCAUGGCGAACAACAUUAUUGCCACCAGCAAGGCACGAACGCUGGGAUUGUGUCCCUUUGUAUACCCGAAGCAAAAACUCAUUUUCGAAGACUUUGCCUACGACUUUUUGCACGUGAAUCGAAAACCACAUCCAUGGGACAACACCACCGCGGUGUCCAGUUUCGGAAAGGGCAUUUGGAAGAAAACUAAAAAGUCACCUGACGUACCCGAUGGAAGACUCCCAGUCCCUUCAGAUGCAAACAACACGUGGGGAUCCCCCAAUCGAGUUUUUGCUCCCAUUCUGCAGCAUUCAACCGGGGACAAGGCUCCAGUCUUGCUCUUGAAUGUCAACUUUGAACCCACGAGGGGAGUCAUGGUCGACGAUUUGAUUCAAUGCAGUCGAGAACGAGCACUCAUGCCAGACCCGUCGCAAGUGCGAUGCGGAGUUCUCACCGAUAUGCUCAAUCUAGCCAGUCAACAGGAGGGAAGUGGACCCGAUGCCAUCAUGAUGGAGCCAAUAUACCCGGCGCAAGAUCCUCGAACACUCGUGGGAUUCAUUGUAUCCUCCAUUGUCUGGAGGGAAGCUUUGGAAAAUGUCUUUUCGGAUGAUGUAAGUGGAAUUGAUUGUGUCCUACGAACGCCCAAGGAAGUCUUUACGUUUGGUGUCCAGGAAGGAGAAGCGUUUGUCAAGGGACAAGGUGAUCUACACGACCCUCUCUACAACAAUUACAUGGCAGACAUUGAAAUCGUCACGCAAGGAGACUUUUCCAACACAUCGGCAGUCUACACCUUCGAAAUAUAUCCAACCAGCGAUUUCUUUGACUCCCACUACACAAACAAUGCCAUCAUCGGGUUGGUAGGAGCCCUCGCGAUUAUACUCGUUAUCAGCGGGCUCUUCUAUAUGUAUGACUGCUUCGUACGCCAAGAGUUCGACCAUAAUAAGGAACUUCUAGAAGCCAAGCGUCGAUUUGUGAGAUUUGUCAGUCACGAGGUGCGGACUCCGUUGAAUACUGUGUGCAUGGGCCUGACACUGUUGCAAGAGGACAUUCGAGGGCAUUCGGGAAGAACCUUGUUGUCGCCGCAUUUGACAGAAACUCAGCGGUUGAUAGCCAAGCAACAGGAAGAAGCCAAUCUACCAAAGUCCAUCGAGGUGAAACAGGAGGACGCCACUGAAUGGAUCAACUUAUCGGAGGAAGUGCUGGGAAACACGCAGGCUGCUGUGAAUGUGUUGAAUGAUCUACUCAACUAUGAUAAGAUCCAACGGGGAAAGCUCAGUUUGGAAUUUACGGUAAUACCCAUUUGGGUGUUGGUAGAGAAGACCGUCAAAGAGUUCAAACUGAUGGCAGCUGAAAAGGAAAUCACCUUGAAGCUACUCUUUGCCAACGCCCUGGUCGGCGCACCACCCGAGAAGGAAGAAGCACCGACUACUGCUUCAUGCCUGCGCAAAGACAUUCUUUCACAGGUAGUCGUGGGUGAUGUUGGUCGCAUAUCGAUGCUGCUUCGGAAUCUCAUUUCUAAUGCACUCAAGUUUACUCCACAAAAGGGGAAUUUGACGGUGCAAGUCGAUGCAACGGAUAAGUUAGACAUCCACCAGCCCCGAUCCACGAGCAUGAGUUUCGGACGUGGACAGUCUCGUUCGGGAAGCAUGAACAACCGAAAACAGAGCAAUGCCGACUCGUUGAAGCAUUUUGAUCUAGCCGACGGCGAUCAAAUCGCUCUUCCUCCACGUGGAUACAUUGAUAUCAGGGUCAUCGAUACGGGUGUGGGGAUGACGGAGGCUCAACUCAAGACAGUAUUCCAUGAUGGCGUGCAGUUCGGGGCCAACAAACUUCAGGGAGGUGGCGGCUCGGGGUUGGGCAUGUUUAUCGCGAAAUCCAUUGUGGAACAACACGAAGGGGCGCUGGACGUAACUUCGGAGGGGUUAGGACAUGGCACGACCUUCAUCGCAAAGCUGCCUCUCUUCUACGAUCCUCCAUCGCAGCAGCCGCAGGCUGACAACAGUGAAGACUCGAUUCCACCUCCAAUCUACGUUGGAGCCCAACAACCUGCACCUCAGGAGUUCUUUCCACAACGAAUUCUUGUGGUUGACGAUGCCGCGCCCAAUCGCAAGCUCCUGGUCCGAUUACUUCAAAAAAGAGGCCAUACAUGUGAUGACGCUGAAGAUGGACAGCAAGCUGUAAAAUUGGUGAGGAAUGCGCGGAAUUGUCCCUACGACACGGUAUUGCUCGAUCAUGAAAUGCCAGUAAUGAGUGGCCCAUCUGCAUGCAGGGCUAUGCGGGAGAUGGGAUGUUCCAGUUUUGUGGCCGGGGUGACUGGAAAUCUGUUGCCAGAGGAUGUGCAGCAUUUCAAGCAUUGUGGGGCCAACGCGGUACUGCCCAAGCCAUUCAAGAUGUCCAGCCUGGAGCAAUUGUGGAUAGAAUACGGCGUCAACGGUAGAGACCCCGAUUGCAACGAAGACGACAAAUCGGCUCAGCUCGGUAACGACAGUGAAGCACAAGUGGCAGUCUCAUUCAACAUGGAGCACAUGGAAGCAUGA